UGGAAAGGAAAAUCGAUACGGUGUGGGUGUGACUGGGAGCGCUUGAGCGAAUGUUGUGAUGAAAUAAUUGCGAGGGUCAGUGGGGAAAAGGGGAAACGUAAUACGCUCAUUUGACGUUUCUUGUCGGCUAUUUUUUUAUCAUUCGUUUUAAAAUGGGAAACUGUCACACCGUUGGACCAAACGAGGCCCUCGUGGUUUCAGGUGGCUGUUGUGGAUCAGAUCAAAAAACGUAUGUCGUGGGAGGCUGGGCUUGGGCUUGGUGGCUGAUCUCGGACAUCCAGAGAAUGUCUCUGGAGGUUAUGACCAUCCUCUGUCGCUGUGAGAAUAUCGAAACCUCGGAGGGUGUUCCCCUGGAUGUGACUGGGGUGGCCCAGGUCAAAGUGAUGACAGACAAUGAGCUGCUGGGCUACGCCUGCGAGCAGUUCCUCGGAAAGUCAGUCAUGGAGAUCAAGAGCGUCAUCCUGCAGACCCUCGAAGGUCACCUACGCGCCAUCCUUGGUACCUUGACUGUGGAGCAGAUUUAUCAAGACAGAGACAAGUUUGCCUCUCUGGUCCGAGAGGUGGCAGCCCCAGAUGUCGGCCGCAUGGGCAUCGAGAUCCUCAGUUUCACUAUCAAGGAUGUGUAUGACAAAGUGGAGUACCUAAGUUCACUGGGCAAAACGCAGACGGCUGCAGUGCAGAGGGACGCUGAUAUUGGCGUGGCGGAGGCUGAGCGAGAUGCUGGCAUUAGGGAAGCUGAGUGUAAGAAAGAAAUGAUGGAUGUGAAAUUUUUGGCGGACACGAAAAUGGCAGAUUCUAAGCGAGAGCUGGAAAUGCAGAGAGCUGCCUUCAAUCAAGAAGUUAAUACGAAGAAAGCAGAAGCUCAGUUGGCUUAUGAACUGCAAGCAGCCAAAGAGCAGCAGAAGAUCCGUCUGGAGGAGAUCGAGGUGGAAGUGGUCCAGAGGAAGAAGCAGAUCACCAUCGAGGAGAAAGAGAUUGAUCGUACUGACAAGGAGCUCAUCGCCACUGUGAAGAGACCUGCUGAGGCCGAAGCUUACAAGAUGCAGCAGCUGGCCGAGGGACACAAGAUUAAGAAGGUGCUGACGGCCCAGGCAGAGGCCGACAAAAUCCGUUUCGUCGGCGAAGCGGAGGCCGCCUCAAUCGAGGCCGUGGGAAAAGCCGAGGCCGAGAAAAUGAGGCUAAAGGCGGAAGCCUACCAGCAAUACGGCGAGGCUGCCAAGACAGCUUUGGUGCUGGAAGCGCUGCCCAAGAUUGCCAGCAAAGUGGCUGCGCCCUUGUCCAGGACCAAUGAGAUCGUGAUCCUGACCGGCGACGGCAAUCGUGUGACAGGAGAGGUGAACCGUCUUUUAGCUGAACUCCCAGUCUCUAUCAACGCCCUCACUGGGGUGGAUGUCACCAAGAUCCCACUGCUGCAGAAGAUGACCGGCCAGACAGCCAUCUGAUGAUCGUCGAGCCCCUCCGACACCAACAGUAUCUGCCUCAAGCAUGACAACACUUUGUCUCGUCUCUCACCUACUUUAUGCAAACUGCCAGAAACACCAAAAGAUUUGACAUAUUUUUUUAAUGUUUAAGUUUCGUCACCAUUUUUUUUUAUUGCUGCGGUCCUGGUUUAAUUCAACGAAAAUUUGGACAUUGGUGUGAGAAUCUAAAAGUUAUUGAAGUCAUUCCGCGCCAUUGACAGCGAUAGACGUCGCAUCCAUUUGCGGUCAAAAUGGAUGAGACGUCCAUCGCUGUCAGUGCCAGACAGUGAGUUACUGUUAAAUCUGAGCCGGUUACAAUCGGCCGCCUUGUUACAUCUUUCAAUCUUCACCCGCCGUGACUGAAAUCUGACCGGCAUGUACAGUACAACCACUAUUAGCUUGUCUCCCCAUGUGCUCGUGCCUGUCCAAUCACACUCAAGUGCCCAAAAUCCCUAGCGGGAUAGUCGGCGUCGUCCACAUCCCUCGUCUUUUUACUAACACGCAAAACCGUCGAUCAACAGGAAGGUUAGCCUUAAGAGAGGCCUGGACACGCACCGGCCUCACAGAUCACUCGCGUUUAGCGUCACGUAGCAUGCGGCGGAUGCUCAGGACAAGUCCCGCUUACUCCAAAUGUCGUCCUUUAAUCCCCUUUCCGUAUUAUCCGGUGUAAAAUAAACGUGAGCAAAUUCUUUUUUUUUUUCUUGACUAUCGCAGGAAUGUUUACACAGUAUCACUGUGUUCUGUUUUGUAACGGAUAAAAAAAAACUUUACUGUUGGGUUUGUCACCGCGACGGCAAAUCUUUUACUAACGGCAACUAACCAGUGCUGCAUGUGUAACCUCCUUUUGACGAACCUCUGACAUCGCUGUUCCAACAUGUGAAGUCAAAACGGCUCCAUUUUCACUGGUGAACUAUUUGGAAAAGAAAAAAAAAAAAAAUCUGUUUUAGGUUAGACGGAUGUUUGUUUGGAGUCAAUUUUGGGUGUGGUGAAUCCAAAACUGAUCUCAGCAAUGACUGCUGUGGAUUUUAAUGGGUUUAUCACUUGUAGACGUCCAAUUCAAUUAAAGUGGGAGGGUGGCAGCGAAUGAACGAACGUUCAUUCGCUGCCACCCUCCCAUUUCAAUUGUAUUGGACGUCUAUAGCCAUCAAUGGCAGCCAAUGAGCUGUUUUUAUGUUUACCAUAUCAUAACAUUUCCAUAUUACCACUUACAACACUAAAGAAACAGCAACAACUUUCGUACUGUUCUAUCGGCUUUAACGUCAUUUCACGAAUUAACUCAAUGGCUGCCAUUGACGGCGGUAGACGUGCAAUUCAUUUGGUUUCGGACAUCCCAGUCCAAAUGGAUUAGACUUGCACUGAAACUUGCAUCAUUCAGUAUAAUCGCUGUUAAUGACAGUGAUGCCUACUAGUGACAAACUCAUCUAAAUUUACAGCAGAAGAAUGUAAGGCACUACAUGAUUGGACGUCGCUUGUACUCAAACGGACUAAAAGAGUUGUUAUAACUGGUGUGAUAGAGGAAAACAGUUUUGGAUUUCAUACCAUAAAAUUAGCUUAAAACAACAAAUUGUAUUCUACGUUAUUUUUGGCAACGCUAAUUUUUAUCUUCUGAUGACCCUCCCUUAACCCUUUAUAGGGCAAGUAUUUUGGACAUUCACAUACUUGAACAUCACAUUUUAGAUCCUAUAGACCAGAAUAUCAACAUUUGGUCUACACGUCUACAGUCCCUGACAAAAGUCUUGUCGCUUAUCCAUUUUGUAGAAACAGUUGCUAAUAACCUGACUUUUAAUUAUUCAAUUGGUUUCAGAAAUGGCUCAUAUGAAAGCUAAGACCCUCCCAAAUGAUGUUAAAUGUACAAAAAUAUAUUUGUUUCACUGAAAAAAGAUUUAUCAUUUAAUGAAGACAUAAAGGUCAAAUUUUGGCAAGACAAAAGUUUUGUCGCAUACAGAAAGUGGUGUGAAAAUUGAACAAAAAAUGUACUUAAAAUACAAAAAUAAGUUACAUAACAUCAGCGAAUUAAGUAGUGGUGCUGUGAAAUCCUAAUUUAAUAUUUUGUAUGACUUCCAUGGGCUUGAAGGACUGCAUCCAUGCGGUUCGGCAAGGAUUCAUACAAUUUAUUGAUGAAGGCAGUCUUGCAUGCCUCCCAGAGUUCAUCAAUAUUCUUGGGUUUCGUCUUCCAUGCUUCCUCUUUCAUCCUACCCCAGACAUGCUCAAUGAUGUUCAUGUCUGGUGACUGGGUUCAGGAUCAAGAUCCUUCAGGAUCAAGAUCCUCCAGGACUGGCCAGCCCAGUCACCAGACAUCAACAUCAUUGAGCAUGAGCAUGGAAGACGAACCCCAAGAAUGUUGAUGAACUCUGCGAGGCAUGCAAGACUGCUUUCUUUGAUGUUCCUGAUGACUUCAUCAAUAAAUUGUAUGAAUCCUUGCCGAACCGCAUGGAUGCAGUCCUUCAAGCUUAUGGAAGUCAUACAAAAUAUUAAAUUUGGAUCUCACAGCACCACUACUUAAUUCGCUUAUGUUAUGUAUAGGGUUGGGCAUCGUUUGAAAUUGAACGAUUCCGGUUCCAAUUCCGAUUCCACGUUUCGAUUCCAGUUCCGAACGAUUCCCGAUUCAGGGUACAAAAAAAAAAAAAAAAAAAAAUGGAGGGUCCAAAAAAUUGCAUAGUUUACAUGAAAGUCUUAACUUUUCGACAUUUUUUUAAAAUUAAAUGAACUUCUCACAGGGCUAAUUAUAACUUGUAUAUAAAUAUCAGUCAUUUUUUUCCGCUCGGAGGUCAGGGCAUCGAAACAAGGAAUUUAAAUUGAAAAAGUCGAACGAUUCCGGGAGCAUCGGAGUGUUAGAAUCGGUUCCCAUCGAUGCUAGAUGCCCAACCCUAGUACAUUUUUUGUUCAAUUUUCACAAUACUUUCUGUAGGCGACAAAACUUUUGUCUUGCCAAAAUUUGACCUUUAUGUCUUCAUUAAAUGAUAAAUCUUUUUUCAGUGAAACAAAUAUAUGUUUGUACAUUCAACAUCAUUUGGGAGGGUCUUAGCUUUCACAGGAGCCAUUUCUGAAACCAAUUGAAUAAUUAAAAGUCAGGUUAUUAGCAAUUGUUUCUACAAAAUGGAUAAGCGACAAGAUUUUAGUCAGGGACUGUACAUGAUUCGAGAAAUGUGAUUUGUAAUUCAUUUCAACUGUGCACGCUCAUAUUUCAGUGCCAUUGAUGUUGUGAGACGUCCAAACAAUUUUGACUGGGAGGACUGAAUGAACACCCGCUCUCCCCGGUUGAAAUGGAUUGGACGUCUAGCAGUCAAUGGCAGCUCGUGAGUGCUGUAUAAAGGGUUAAAGAUGUGUUCAAAUGUACAGUGAAACCCUGUUAAAGUGGCGUCUUAUCAUAUGUAAGCUGUUUUGUACACAGUGCCUUCGUCAAAGAUGAGGUCAAGACUGCGCCGUGACGAUUCUCGAUCGUCCGUGUUGGAGCUCGCAAAGAGCCGCUCUUCAUUUCCGCUUUCUACGCUACAUUGCUCAUUAUAACCUGUCGAUGUGAACGUUGUACAUGCGUACGUCUCAUUUACUUUUAUACUUGUUCAGCUUUCGCGUGUUUUAUAACAUUCAAUGGGAACACAGAACUAUAUAAUGCAGGAUUUAGAAUUAAAUGUGGCUUUUUUUUUUUUUGUCGUUGUUGUU